AGGAAUAAGGGGGAAACACUUGAAAACAAUUCGUGUCAAAUAAGAAAAGCACAUUUCUGAUUUGUUGGCGAAUUUCACGUGAAAAAGCGAUAUUUCACCUGCGCCAGUGCCGUGAAUUGCAUCCAGAAGAACCCCCGACAGAUAAUGAGUGACAACCGCCAGAAGAUUCUCGAGGAAAUUAAAGUGCAAGGAGAUUUGGUGAGGAAACUCAAGGCUGCCAAGGAGUCAAAGGAAAAGUAAAUUUAGUCAUCAUCAAAGAAAAAUAAAAAGAAAAAGAGAAAUGUUGGGAAUUUUACGAAAGAUUCGGCACAUGAGAGACUUUCGGGGAUUCUGCAGUUCUCCUCAGAUUGAUGUUGAGGUGGCAAAAUUGCUGGCGCUGAAGGCCAAAGUUGCCGAGGAGGAGGAUGAGGCAGCCGGUGGGGCGGGACAGAAGUUCCUGCUGAAGACGCCAAAGGGCACAAGGGACUACAAUCCACAGCAGAUGGCCCUCAGGCAGGGUGUUCUGGACAAGAUUGUCACAGUAUUCAAGAAACAUGGAGCAGAGAGUAUCGAUACACCUGUCUUUGAGCGAAAGGAAGUCCUGACCGGGAAGUAUGGCGAAGAUGCAAAAUUGAUUUAUGAUCUCAAGGAUCAAGGUGGGGAGAUUCUCUCACUGCGGUACGAUUUAACUGUUCCACUUGCCCGCUACUUGGCAAUGAGUAAGAUCUCCUCAAUUAAGCGCUACCACAUCGCCAAAGUCUACAGGAGGGAUAAUCCCGCCAUGACACGGGGGCGCUAUCGGGAAUUCUAUCAGUGUGACUUUGACAUUGCCGGGACGUAUGAUUUGAUGAUUCCGGAUGCGGAAUGCGUGAAAGUUGUCUCGGAAAUUCUCGGUGGGCUUGACAUUGGGGACUACGUCAUCAAGCUGAACCACCGAAUGAUCCUCGAUGGUAUGUUCGAGGCAUGUGGCGUACCAGCUGAUAAAUUCCGCUCCAUUUGUUCGGCUGUCGAUAAAUUGGACAAGUCCCCGUGGGAGGAGGUAAAACGUGAAAUGAUCGAUGAGAAGGGUCUGGAUGAGAGUACAGCAGAUCAAAUUGGGGAGUAUGUACAGCAAUCUGGGGGCUUGGAAUUGGUGGAGAAGCUGCAGCAGGACCCAAAGUUGUCUGCCUCCAAAUCAGCCGUCACGGGGUUGCAGCAGAUGAAGACUCUUCUCAAAUAUUGCGAAGUUUUGGGGCUUCGUAAUGAAAUUCGUUUUGAUUUGAGCCUCGCCCGGGGGUUGGAUUACUACACGGGUGUGAUCUACGAGGCCGUACUCACAGCAAUGCCCGAAGUGACAAAUGGUGGGGAUGUGGAGCCCAUUACGGUGGGAUCUGUUGCCGGUGGGGGACGCUAUGACAAUCUCGUGGGGAUGUUUGAUCCCAAAGGGAAGCAAGUGCCGUGCGUGGGGGUGUCCAUUGGGGUUGAGAGGAUCUUCUCACUUCUUGAGGCCAAGCAGGCGGCUGAGGGGAUUAAGAUUCGCACAACGGACGUUGAGGUGUACGUUGCAAGUGCCCACAAAGGGCUCCAUGAGCAGCGCCUGAAGGUGAUCACGGAACUGUGGGAUGGUGGCAUAAAGGCGGAACAUUCCUACAAAGAGAACCCGAAGCUUCUUGUUCAGUUGCAGCAUUGCGAAGAGCAGGGAAUCCCCUUGGCGCUCAUCCUUGGGGAUGCAGAACUCAAGAAGGGUGUUGUGAAGUUGCGAGAAGUGCCCACGCGCAAGGAAGAGGAGAUCUCACGGGAGAAUAUUGCCGAAGAGCUCAGUAGGAGGUUGUCGCUAAUGCGCAAUGGAGACUUUUAAGUGAGGAAAAUAAAAUUAAAAAAUAAAAAAACAUGAAGGGGCUCAACCGGCUGUGCAGGGAAGCUCCCGUGGGGUUCUCUGCGUCAAUGCAUUUUGCACACUUCAACGUGAUGAUGUGACGUCUCAAAAGCACUCAAAUUGGUUGUUAAGCAGCUUCACCAAGACACAUCCCUUCUGCGCCUCCAUUUUUUUGUCGAUGAAUUGUUCUUCCGCCGGAUGAGGAGUAAAAGGUAGGACAUUUUCCUGAAUUUACAUUGAAGACCAUUGAGAGCGAAAUGCAAGUUGAGAAGGAUUUUUUUCUAAAACAUUUCGAACUAUUUUUGAAUUUUUUUUAAUAAUUUCGAUUUUUUUUAAAUUUAAUAAUGAAUCUUUAUUAAGAGAAACUUUUAAAGACUUUUAUGAAGUCUAAGAAAAUUUUCAAUUUAAAUCCUUAAAUUCAUUUAAAAAGCAUUUCAAAAAAGCAUUUCAAAAAAGAAUUUAAUGAAUUUCUUCCCCUUGCAAAAAAGUACCAUUACUUGAUGAAAUAUCAUUUCACAAUACUAAAUAUACGAAGAAAAUAAAAGAAAGUACUCUUAAGCACACCAGUACGAUAUAAAUUUACAUAAAAUAUUGCAUAAAAAGUAUGCUAAAAAUAUAAUUUAAAACAAAAAAAAUUGAGUUAAAGUUUAUAUAAAAAGAAAAAAAAGCUUAUUUAAGUUUAUUUAUAUUUGCGUUGUGACGAAAGAAGGAAGGAAUAAAAAUUACCGCAGUUGAUUUGUAAUAAAAAAA